UCAGCUGUGUCCAAUCACAGCUGAUCACAUGUAAACACAGAAAUGCCGGACACUGAUGAUCAGUGUGCCCUGAUGAUCAGUGUGGCCCCAAAAGUGCCACCUGUCAGUGUCCAUCAGUGCCAGCAGUCAGUACUCAUCAGUGCCAUGUGCCAGUGCUCAUCAGUGCCACAUCAAUGCCACAUAUCAUUGCAUACCAGUGCACAUCAAUGCCACAUAUCAGUGCCCAUCUGAGCUGCCUUUCAAUGUCACUCAGUGCCAGUCAGUGCCACCUAUCAAUGCCAAUCAGUGCCACCUAUCAGUGCCAGUGCCAGUCAGUGUCGUCUAUCAGUGCGCAUCAGUGCCGCCUAUCAGUGCCAGUCAGUGCCGCCUAUCAGUGCCAGUCAGUGCUGCCUAACAGUGCCAGUCAGUGCCGCCUAACA